UAACCCAUUACCGAAACGACUGCUCGCAAGCACAAAACUCUUCUGCCCAAACAAACUGACUGAACGGAGCUUGUGAAGCAAACGUCUCAGCUCUGCUCAGAUUAACAGACUUUUGUCAUUGAGGGCGCCCAGUGCAGGAUUUGAAGGUUCCGCAGAACAAAUUUGAGGUUGAAGCUGCUUGAUCCUCACUUCCUGUAUCCUGAGCUCUCGUAUAACGGAAGGGCCAAACAGUCUCAAAUGCUCUAGUAGUUAUCCUUACUUCAUAUAGUGACAGCCCGCCUUGCAAAUUCUUCUUCUGACAGUUGCCUACAGCAGCCACCAUGCCUCAGGGCGACCACAUUGAGUUACAUCGCAAGCGGCAUGGCUACCGCUUGGACCACUUUGAGAAGAAGCGGAAGAAGGAGGCCAGGGAGGUCCACAAACGCUCAGCGUUUGCAAAGAAGGUGUUGGGUCUCAAGGCGAAGUUGUAUGCAAAGAAGCGCUUCCAGGAGAAGGCGACUAUGAAAAAGACGCUGGCCAUGCAUGGCGAGCGCGACAACAAGCACAAAGCAGAGGACGCAGUCCCAGAGGGAGCAGUGCCGGCAUACCUUCUGGAUAGGGAGGCCACGACGAGAGCAAAGGUUCUGAGCAACACCAUCAAGCAAAAGCGGAAGGAGAAGGCGGGCAAGUGGGAGGUGCCCCUGCCCAAGGUGCGGCCCAUUGCGGAGGACGAGAUGUUCAAGGUCCUCAAGUCGGGCAAGCGGAGACACAAGUCGUGGAAGCGGAUGGUGACCAAGGCGACCUUUGUCGGGCCUGGCUUCACGCGGAAGCCCCCAAAGUACGAAAGAUUCAUUCGGCCCAUGGGGCUGCGGUUUAACAAGGCACAUAUCACGCACCCAGAGCUCAAGUGCACGUUCAACUUAGAAAUCAUUGGCGUCAAAAAGAAUCCGAACGGGCCCAUGUACACACAAAUGGGGGUCCUUACGAAGGGGACCAUCAUCGAGGUGAACGUGAGCGAGCUUGGACUGGUGACGCCUGCCGGCAAAGUUGUUUGGGGGAAGUACGCUCAGAUAACGAACGACCCAGAAAACGAUGGCUGCAUCAACGGGGUCUUGUUAGUGUAAUUGUUGUACAUAUGUCGUUCCGUUUAAGCAAUCAUGCCCCGUCGAGACUGAUGCCACAGUCAAAGGGGUGAAACCGGGGCGGCACGCGGAAGCCUGCGUCAAGCACCCGCUUGACAUUGGAGCAAUUGCGCAUGGAAGAUUUCUGUUGUGGAGGCUGUGGAAGACGUAAGCUUCUACUGUAAGUACGUGGAAGGGAUGUACGCCCCCUUAUUCAGAACCACAGAAUGAUGCCAAGAUUGGGUCAUGACUGACGUGCGCGCGUUCUUCUUCUGAUUGGUCGAGUCCCAGGCUUUGGCCUGUCAUGCGCUUCAUUUCUAGAUACAUGCCGUUG